GAUUAGUUCGGUCGGGCUCGGCGGCCUUUAAAGCGCUGCGCUCAGAGGAGGGGCAGCGCAGUCAGAGAGGGGGGCUGCGGGUGGACAGUGCGUGACCGGUGGCCGCGGGAGGGACGGUUCGUCGGUUGCUCGUUCGCCGCCAUGUCCCGCGAGCCCGAGAUCAUGGAGUCGCAGGUGGUGUGGGAGCCUGACACGAAGCGGAAUACCCACAUGGACCGGUUCCGCGCCGCUGUGGCUAGCAGCUGCGGGCUCCGCCUGGCCAACUACAAUGACUUGUACCAGUGGUCAGUGGAAUCCUACUCGGACUUCUGGGCGGAAUUCUGGAAGUACAGUAACAUCGUAUGCUCUCGCCUGUAUGAUGAGGUGGUUGAUACAUCUAAAAGUAUUGCAGAUGUCCCGGAAUGGUUUAAAGGAAGCCGUCUGAACUAUGCAGAAAAUCUUCUGAAGCACAAGGACAAUGACAAGAUUGCACUGUAUGCAGCAAAGGAAGGCAAAGAAGAAAUCUUGAAGGUUACUUUUGAAGAACUGAGACAAGCGGUAGCUUUGUACGCUGCAGCCAUGAGGAAGAUGGGAAUAAAAGUAGGAGACAGAGUCGUGGGUUACUUACCAAACAGCAUUCAUGCAGUGGAAGCAAUGCUGGCUGCUGCAAGUAUCGGUGCUAUCUGGAGUUCCACAUCCCCAGACUUCGGCAUUAAUGGUGUACUGGACAGAUUUUCCCAAAUUCAGCCGAAGCUCAUCUUCUCUGUUGAAGCUGUUAUAUACAACGGCAAAGAGCACAACCACUUGGAAAAGCUGCUCAGUGUGGUGAAAGGGCUUCCAGAUUUAAAAAAAGUAGUGGUGAUUCCAUAUGUGUCCUCAAGAGAAACCAUAGAUAUUUCUAAGAUUCCAAACAGUGUCUUUUUAGAAGACUUUCUUGCUACUGGGAAAGGAGACCAGGCCCCCCAGCUGGAGUUUGAGCAGCUGCCUUUCAGUCAUCCUCUCUUCAUCAUGUAUUCAUCGGGCACAACCGGGGCACCCAAAUGCAUGGUUCAUUCGGCAGGGGGAACGCUAAUACAGCAUCUGAAGGAACACAUUCUUCAUGGCAACAUGACCAGCAAUGACAUUAUUAUGUACUAUACAACGACUGGCUGGAUGAUGUGGAAUUGGUUGGUGACUGCACUUGCUACGGGGGCUUCGGUGGUCCUGUACGAUGGGUCUCCUCUGGUUCCAUCGCCAAAUGUGCUCUGGGACUUGACUGACAGACUAGGGAUCACCAUCCUUGGAACGGGUGCGAAGUGGCUGGCUGUGCUAGAAGAGAAAAACUUAAAACCAUGUGAAACACACAAUCUCCAAACACUCCACACGAUCCUGUCUACAGGAUCCCCGCUCAAACCUCAAAGCUAUGAGUAUGUCUACAAGCACAUAAAAAGCAGUGUCCUCCUGGGAUCCAUUUCAGGUGGGACAGAUAUAAUUUCAUGUUUCAUGGGUCAAAAUGUUACAAUUCCAGUCUACAAAGGAGAAAUUCAGGCCAGAAACCUUGGAAUGGCUGUAGAAGCGUGGAACGAUGAAGGAAAACCAGUCUGGGGUGAAAGUGGAGAGCUGGUGUGUACCAAGCCUAUUCCCUGCCAGCCUACGCACUUCUGGAACGACGAGAAUGGAAGCAAAUACAGGAAGGCUUAUUUUUCGAAAUUCCCAGGUGUUUGGGCCCAUGGUGAUUACUGCAAAAUUAAUCCCAAAACAGGAGGGAUUGUCAUGUUGGGUCGCAGUGAUGGUACAUUAAAUCCAAAUGGAGUAAGAUUUGGAAGUUCUGAAAUCUACAACAUAGUUGAAGCCUUUGAGGAGGUUUCCGACAGCCUCUGCGUGCCCCAGUACAACAAGGACGGGGAGGAGAGGGUGAUCCUGUUCCUGAAGAUGGCAUUAAACCACGAGUUCAGCGAGGAUCUGGUGAAAAGGAUUCGCGAUGCGAUCCGUAUAGCGCUUUCCGCCAGGCACGUUCCGAGCCUCAUCCUGGAAACCAAAGGCAUUCCGUAUACAAUAAAUGGGAAGAAAGUGGAAGUAGCUGUGAAGCAAAUAAUUGCAGGGAAAGAAGUUGAGCAGCGGGGAGCGUUCUCGAACCCAGAGACUUUGGACCUGUACCAAAAUAUUCCUGAGCUUCAGGACUUCUGAAGUCACUUGUUUGUUUGGAGUUUGGUUUUGGCAUCUGUCUUUGGUCUGUGUUUUGUUCUGUAUAUACCAAUACUGUAUGUAAAGAAAAAGCUCUAUUUAAUACCAGUGGUUGUUUUUAAAGAAAAAAUAUUUCAUUAAGUGCAUUAUGGAAGGCUUGGGUAAAGCUUAGCUCCCUUUUAUUGGUUCAAUAUGCCAUGUAUCUCGGAGUUUUUUCCAGCCUGGAAGGAGGAACCUGCCUGUUGUGAUAUAUAUAUAUAUAUAUAUAUAUAUAUAUAUAUAUAUAUAUAUAUAUAUAUAUGAGUGCAUCUGUUCUGGUUACACUUCCAUCAGCCAGCCCAUCUAAUGGGAGCACCAAUAGCAUAAGCUAGUCACGGAUAGACUAUUUCUUUCAUAAAAUGUUUGUUUUUUUUAAAAAACUGGAUAUUUAGCAACCUUUUUCAAUCCAUGUGUUUCCGUCACCUGUAAGGAAUAUGCAGUGAUUUUUUUAAACUACUUGACCUCAAAACAUCCAAAUGUUCCCUUUGUAGUGUGCAUUUAAAUGUUUUUAUAAGGCCAAAUCACAAUGCACUAAACCCGUCUGACUUAGAAUAAUUUCCAUCUUGAAAUAUCUCACGGUACCCUUGAAGGUAAUUGCUGCUUCAUUUUGUGAUACGACCUUCCUAUUGUUUUAAGCUUUUAGUUGAUCGACUUCUGGGUGUCCUGAAGGUGAGGGAGCAGUUGCUGCUUCUUCCUGGUGUAGCUUCAGGUUAUUUCCAUGGAAUUGACUGUCGUUACUCUGGAUUAUCAUCAGUGCGGUUGAAGACACCGUUUUGCUUCCUUGUAUUGAAGUUGUUUAUUGGCUGCAAGGCAACAAUCCCGUGUUCUGUUAGUUGAAGAGUUCCGGUGUGUUUGAGCUGAUGGGUUUUGUAACUUUUUUUACUAAAUGUCACGUUGCAAGUGAAAGACUUAAUGUUUUCUAGCUCUGUGUCCUUCCAGUUUAUAAAGGGAAAAGUACUGUAAUGACAUACUAAACAGUAAAAUGGAAGCACUAAAACAUUGUUUUGUUUUUCAUAAAAUAAAUUGCAGUAGUUGUACCACA